UCUUAUCAAGACGUCGUCCACAUGAUAAGAUUCAAAAUGGGAACAACGUCUUGAAUUGUUUCUAAACUAAACAGUGACACAGAUAUCCGAUAAGCACGUUGCGCGUCUCGUAUUUCCCGCCAUACAAAUAAAAACCUGGGGAGGAUUGCCAGGGGAAUUGAUGAAAUCCCACUCGACCCGUGCACGAAGUACUUGCUGUUUCAGUCGUGAGACAUUGCUCCUUGGCUACGGAUGAACAUUCCCCCUUAGCAAUUGUUCCGUUUUCAAUUCGUUUACAUCACAUUCCCUCUAGCGCCCCCCUUUUUCCACAAAGACGGGCAUCACCUCAGUUCACCUUUCAAUUGUGUGUCUGACCUGAGUUCGCGACAGUUUUUUCGCUUUUUUUUUAUUCUCCAUGUAUUUCCGGGAUUUUUUCCCAUCGUGCACUCUCAUCCAGUGAAAAUUUUUAUUACGAAACGAAGUCCAACAAUUUUCGUGCAAAACUGAAUUAUGUGAUACAAAGACAAAGAGACUCAUCACGCAAGAAAGAAGAACGAAAAAAAAAUAGAUGAAAAAAAAUGCGUGAACUAACACAAAGGGUAGAGAAAAUUGUGUUGUUUUCCUUCUCAAUAUGGUAAAAGCUUUAUAUUGUUCCCUUUGUUGUGGAGUGAAGAGCUUUUGAUGUGACACUCGAAAGCUUACACAAGAGCACGAGCACAGAGGCAUCUCCUCACAGCAGGGAGCCAGAACGACGUGAACAGUCACCAUCCUCAAUAUUAAUUCAAGUGAAAAUUCGUGCAACACUACACUCAAUUUAUUCUUGAGUGAUAAAUAUUGUAUAUUAUAUACCUUUUCAAAUCUCCACCGUCAAUGAGAAAUUAUAUAUUUUUAUUAAUUUAAAAUCAAUAAAUUCCACGUUCCUUCUUUGAACAUUUCUGUCAUUUUCUCUUCAAUAAAUUAUAUACUGAAUAAUUUUAAUAAUAAAUUAGUAAAUAACAUUGAUUGGUAAAAUAAUCGCACAAGCACUGAUACAAAAAAAUCUAUUUUGAACUAAAAACUCCCACGUGAAGAAUAUAAAUCAAUAAAUGAAAUAAAUUCAAGUGAAAAAAAUAAAAUGCCAUAUAGCCCAAUCUAAAAUAGGUACCUACAAUAUUUGAUGUAAAAAGCAAAGGUUGUAAUUCCACUAAUUCAGUGCCGUGAUCCUCAUCGCAUAUCACCAAAAGCUAAAAUAGAGAGAAAAUCAUCGAAUUUUUGAAGAAAAUUUAUAUUUCGUUAAUGCACUCCUUCAUACCGUCCACGAAGAAGGAGAUUCCCAUUAAAGUUCCAUCCAUAAAGUUCAUCUACCCGUGACAAAUUUGAAAAUCAGCGAAAUGGAAUCGGAAAUAAAUUCAAUUGGAAUGACAAUGAUGAGAAAUUCCAUUUCAUCUUCGUCAGGAAUAUCAUCGUUGUCGAGCUGUGGUGACCCAGAUAGGCUACCCGAAUUGCCGCCAGGCGAUGAGAAAAGAUUGCAGAGAGCCGCAUUGAGUUUGCAGCAGAAAUUAAUAUUGAGGGAAUGGCUCAAGGAACAUAGACUGCAACAUCACUAUUCCAGAUUGGUGGGCGUUGAGGUGGUGUCACUGGAAGAUGUAUAUUGGCUCGAGGACCCACGUGCUCGUCAAAUUCUUGGCAAAGAUUGGUCCGUGUGGUCCGAAGCACGGCAGAGUUUGCCAACAUCAAAGCCCCAGUUGGAGACACUGAAAGCCAAUCUAUGGUCGACAGUUGUAAAAUCGUCUCAGCAUCAGGAUGCAUGGACAUGGGGUGGGAUGUUGGUGGUGUCCGUCUCCGUGGCGGGUCUCGUUACACUUGCUGCAAUGACACAACCCUCAUUGGCACCAGAAGCACGCCACUCACUCCUGCAGUAUGUCACGGGAAAGUACCUGCUGCCGGCUAAUUGCAAAGUUCAGUUCGACUGGACUGAUCCGCAUGUUGUGGGCGAAACUAUGUGCUUCACUGUGCGUUUCUACCAACGCAAUGGGCAACCAUACCCGAUCUGCGAUACAGAUCAAUUCUUCGUUGAAGUGUGCCAGGGAACAAGAAAGGUUGUGACUCUCAACUCCCUAGGGGGGACGGAUCCCAACAACGCCAAUAUCGCCAAAGUUAAAUUCACCGUACGUACUGCGGGACAGUACAAGAUUUCCGUUCUCAUCGGCUCCAGCCACAUUGCUGGCAGUCCAUUCCUCAAGACCUUCAUCCCCGGAAAGAUGGAUGCUCGCCGUUCUAGGCUCAUUCGACCUGCCAAUACGGUGGUGUGCUCAGCUGGAGCACCUACCCUAUUGCACAUUGAACCACGAGAUGAAUACGGGAAUGCAUGUACAUUUGGCAAUGACGACGAUCCGGUAAAAGGCUAUCGGAUCGACAUAUUUGACCUCAGUGGUCAACCGGCAGAAAAGUUAAGCAGUGCCCUCACCAUGGCCUACGAUAAGGUCAAUUCACGCGUCACAGUUACGGCCCUCUUUCCGGAACCCAUAUGCCUAAAAGCAAUAUUCAAUUAUGAGGACCAGAAACUACCCAAUGGGGACUUUGAUAUCAUUGUAUUGAGCAGUAGCGAUACCACCCUUGUGCACAAAAACAUUGCGUCCAGGAAGCACAAUAUCUGCUAUGAAGCAAAAUUAAUAAGUAUUUAUGGGCAAAUUAAAACAAAACCACGGAAAGUAUUGUGCUACAUCGGUCCAAAGCAAAUUACAAUUAAGGAAUUGAUUUUGAAAUUCAUCCCUAAAAGAAUUGCCACUUUUCGACUUUGCCCAUCCACGAAGUUCCAUUUUCUGCCACAAACUGCUGGUCAAAAUCACGGAUCGGUGUUUAUUAUUGAUGAUGGCUCUCAGCCAAAGAUUGAAUUAGCAUCGCGCGAUAGGAAUGUCAUAGCAGCUACCUUUACUCAUUUCCUCCUCAAGAAUAUCGGCGGAUCGGAGACAUUCAAAGAUAAGCAGGACUUCUUCUACCACGAAGUUCGUAAAUUCCAUUCUCACUACUAUCACGAGAAAUUGGCACUCAAGGUGCAACGAGAUAAGAUACUGGAGUCCUCAAUGAAGGCUACCAAAGGAUUUUCCGUGUCUGAUUGGUGUGGUAAUUUUGAAGUAACAUUCCAAGGUGAGCAAGGUAUCGAUUGGGGUGGCUUGCGACGAGAAUGGUUUGAAUUGAUCUGCAGUGCCCUUUUUGAUCCACGCGGAGGCCUCUUCUGUGCAUUCCACGAUAAACGCCAAGCUUUAGUUCAUCCCAAUCCCAACCGACCACCCAAUCUUAAGCUGAAACAUUUCGAAUUUGCUGGUAAAGUUGUAGGAAAGUGCCUCUAUGAGAGCGCUCUCGGAGGAUCCUACCGCCAGCUUGUGCGUGCCAGAUUCAGUAGAAGCUUCCUAGCUCAACUUAUAGGACUCAGAGUUCAUUACAAGUAUUUUGAGCAAGACGAUCCAGAUCUCUAUUUAUCAAAGAUAAAAUACAUCUUGGAUACGGAUUUGGAUCAUAGCGAUAGUUUGGAGUUGUAUUUUGUGGAGGAGGUCUACGACUCCUCAGGCCAAUUGAGCAAAACCGUGGAAUUGAUUCCGAAUGGUGCCAAAGUGCGUGUGACAAAUGCCACAAAGUGUCAAUAUUUGGAUGCCCUAGCGCAGCAGCGUCUCUGCAAUAAUGUACGUGAGGAGGUUGAUAGUUUUCUCAAGGGUCUCAAUGGGAUUAUUCCCGAUAAUCUGCUAAGCAUAUUCGAUGAGAAUGAAUUGGAGCUUCUCCUCUGCGGAACAGGAGAAUACUCAAUUGCUGACUUCCGUGCUCAUCAUAUUGUGAAUGGAAAUUCUGCAGAAUUCCGCCGUGUCCUGGGUUGGUUUUGGGCUGCAAUUAGUAACUGGAAUCAAACUGAAAUGGCUCGUUUGCUGCAGUUCACAACUGGCUGUUCUCAACUUCCACCUGGAGGUUUUCAGGAAUUGAAUCCUCGCUUUCAAAUAACAGCAGCGCCAACGUUUGGAAACCUCCCUACGGCACACACAUGUUUCAAUCAACUCUGUUUGCCAGACUACGAAAGCUAUGAGCACUUUGAGCGUGCUCUUCUCAUUGCAAUUAGUGAGGGUACCGAAGGUUUUGGAAUGGUUUAAUUUAGAGAUAUACAAGAAUGUGGUUGAGAGAUUGCGAAUUGAGGAGCGAAGAAAAAGUUGCCACAUAAUUUUUUGGUCCCCUUUUAGCGUUUCAAUCGCAAAUUUAAUCGUAGAAAUUAAAAAUUUUAGAACAGUAGGAUUUUUUUGGCUUUUUUAAGAUGGUAACAUUCCGAAUGACUUUUCAUGUAGCAAUAAAUUGCGUGAAGUAUUUGAGAGGAAAGAUUAAGAAAAAAAACAAUUGUUUCAGCGAUAAACAGAAACACUAACUCAUUUGAACUGCCUAGAAAUAGUAGAAUUGCCUUAACUUUCAUCAUUAGAGACACCAAAAAAAGUCAGGAAAGAUAGAACACCCGAUACAUUUCAUUUAAUCAGGCAAUAUCAUCCACGAACUCUUUAAAAUAAAAGAGGAAGAAAAAGUGAAAAACAAACCACGAAGAUUAUUCUCUGUGAUAUUAUCAAAAUGAAAAAAAGAUACAAUUCACAACAAAAUACAGAAAUGAAAAUCACUUAUUGACUUUCUCGAUGAGAUUAAAGAAGAAAAUAAAAAAAAGAAAUAAAUUUCCUUCUCCCUAUAUUGAUGAGAAUUAUAAAUUAUACAAUAUUAGAAUGUAGUGAAAUAUUUAUUGAGAGAACGAAAGAGAGAAAUUACUCAAAUAAAAUAUUGUUGAAUCGCGAUAAAA